ACAGCGCGGUUAGCUUCCCAGUCCGAGGCAAGACCGGAGUUAUGAGCGCUGCAGUCAGAACCCAACUUCCGGAUCAGUAGGCGCAGCGUCUGUCGGUUUGCACGGAAUAUCAUCCCCUGUGACCUUCUAGCUCUUAGAAGUAGCUACAAGCUGUCUAGACCGAAGUAUUGAAUUACUUGAGCGUAUUGAUCUGAAAGACGACUUGGAUUGGCUGUUCGCUAUACCAGGUUCUCGCUCUCCAAAUCACGCUGAAGUUGCUGCUUCGUGUUUCGAAUGCCACGGUGAAUAUCAAUGGUUAUAGUAACGGUACCAGCCGACGUAGCCACAAUAGCUGCUCCGGUGCUCCUUGGCGCACUCUUCAACUGGGGUCUGUACGGCGCGCUAGCCGUACAAGUUUAUAUCUACCAUCUUUCCUUUCCCAACGACGGAUGGGUCGCACAGAGUCUAGUGUACGGCGUGUUCGCCGUCGACACGGUUCAGACGAUACUCGUGACGAACGACGUGUUCAACGCCUAUACGAGGCACUUCGGGCAGAUCGAAAUCCUUGUAGACAUCCAAACCGAGUGGCUUGCGGUGCCCAUCUUCAGUGGAAUUGUGAGCUGCGCAGUCCAGAUGCAUUAUGCACGCCGAAUCGGCAUCCUAUCCCGCUCCCGAGUGCUACAACUCCUCAUAUCUGCGCUUGCCCUGACUCAAGGCGUGGCUGCAAUCGUGACGGGUGUGCAGGCAAAAAUAGCCGGGAGCUUCAUCGACUUGCAAGAGGAAGCAGUCGUCAGCACCGGGAUCUGGCUCGCGGGCAGUGCACUCUGCGACAUCAUCAUUGCCUCUCUGAUGGCUUACUUGCUGCUGCGUCACAACAUCAAGGGGACAGACACGCGUGCGAUCAUCAACAGGCUCGUUCGGCUUAUUAUCGAGACCGGCACGCUGACAGGUGCGCUUUCUCUCCUCUCUAAUAGAUCUGUCGCCGCGACCAUCGAUAUCAUCGUCUACUUUGCGCUGCGGAACGACGACUAUCAUAGCUGCAUUGCAACGAUUCUUGCGAAGCUCUACUCUAAUGCGCUCCUCGUUCUCUUCAACAGCCGCAUUCGCAUUGUCGGCGGGCGUGCCGGCGUGUUUGCUAGCACGUCCGCAGCUGGCCGGAACGAUCGCACGCGGUCGACAGGGCGCUUCACGACUAACGAGGACAUGGGAUUUUAUGUGCCUUCUUCGGAGGGGACGACUGCCGAUACCGAUUCUGACGUUUUGUUUAGCCGCGAUCAUGUGCACGACGUAGGCCGGCCUAGAGUGGUCGUUUUGGAGGAGCGGCAGGUGAGUCGGCUUGUCACCGGCCUACCCAGCGACUUCUCAACGGAUCUUACUCUUCGCUCUACUAGGUACCCUCACAAAAGGCGUCCGUCAACGACUAUCUUUAUCCUAUGGAAGAAUGUAGAUAACAGUGAUUGAAGCCCUCUGCGCUUAGUUCGACUUUGCUGAUGCGAUCGCGGAGAUAUAUCUUUCUACUUGUGGUGCCAUCGCACU